CUCUCCAACCCCCCCGUCUCUCUCUCUCUUUCUCACUCGCUCGCUUACUUGCUUUAACUCAGAGCUGCCGGUGCUUUCAUUCAGCUCAGUGCUGAGAUGCAUGUGUGUGUGUCUGACCAAAGUCUGGAUAACCAGGGCUGAGAAAUCUGCGAGGACCCAUUGGAGGGGAUUUUAAUUAAGAGAAAGUGACACCCCAAUACAGGGGGACCACACGUGGGCGACCAUGUUGGGUCAGAGUGUGCGGUUACAGCCGGUGCCCAUCCAAAGUCUGUCAGAGCUGGAGCGAGCCAGGUUACAGGAAGUCGCCUUGUACCACCUGGAAGAGAGGGACCUGGAAUUCAAGAUCAGCAUCCCAAAAGAAACACGCAAACGGAGGAAAUCUCUACGCAGGAAGUUUGACUCCUUUUCAAAGGAAAAGAAAGAGCGAGAAUCGGUCCCCAUGGCGUUCGGCAUCCCCCUCUCCCAGGUCAUCGCCAAUGACCGGGCCUACAAGCGGCGGCAGGAUGCCCUGAAGGAGAGCCGGCGAGACUGUCUGGACCUGGAGGCCAGCAUCCUGCGCUUCCGGGCCGAGAAGCGGCAGUUCUUCAAUGGGAACAAGCAGCUGGUCUGCUCCUCGUCGAUCACAGGAGGAGGUCCCUGUUCGCCUUCUGCAAACUCGGUGGCACCAGCACCGCUUUUUGAGACCCAGAACAAACCACUGUCGCCUACGUUUCUGGACAACACCGGCAGAGGACAGAGGAGGGGUGGUCUGUCAGUGGACUCCAUCUCUGAUCUUGUAGAGAGUCAGUCUCGCCUGCUGGAGGCGCUACAGCUCUCUCACCCAGCCGAGCUGGACCUGAAGAAGUCUCCAUGUAGCGGCUCAUCAGAGGGGAGGACCCAGACCAAGCUCAGCCUCAACCCCAUCUACAGGCAGGUGCCCCGGGUGCUGGAGAGGUGCUGCAGCCACAUCGAGACCCAUGGUCUUCAGACUGUGGGAAUAUUCAGAGUUGGUAGCUCUAAGAAGAGAGUGAGACAGCUGCGGGAGGACUUCGAUGUAGGGGUGGACGUCCAGCUGGAUGAGGAGCAGAGCGUCCAUGACGUGGCAGCGCUGCUCAAAGAGUUUCUCAGAGACAUGCCUGAUCCUCUGCUGCCCAGAGAGCUCUACCCUGCCUUCCUGCACGCCAACCUACUGAGGGGAGCAGACCAGAUUCAGUACUUGCAGCACCUCCUCUACCUGCUCCCUCCCUGUAACUGUGACACCCUGCUGCGACUCCUCAGCCUGCUACACACUGUGCAGAGCUUCGCCCAGGACAGCAUUGGAACAAAUGACGAGGAGAUCCCCGGUAACAAGAUGACAGCUGCGAACCUGGCGGUGAUCUUUGGGCCAAACCUGCUGCAGAGGGAAGGAGGAGAUGCGAGUCCUCAAAUCUACGCUAUGGGGAUCGAGGACAGCACGGCGAUCAUCAGCGUGACCCUGGUGCUCAUACAGAACUACAGGAGGCUCUUCACGGUUUCUGCAGAGCUGCAGCAGGAGGUCCUGAUGAGUCUGAUCCAGACAGACCCAGACAUCAUCGACUAUCUGCUGCGUAGGAAACUCAGCGGCAGCCAUCUGACGGUGGAGAGCAGCAGUGAGUCAGGGGGUCGUCGGGAUACAGGGGUGUCUCUGGACUCUGUGGGAGCCUCCAGCGGGAGUUUGUCCCCACUUGAGCCCCCCUCGCCGCUUUUCCCACCCGACGGUAGUGGUGGAGAGGGAAGCCUGACCAGCGAGAUCUUCCUCAACGUGCUUAAGCUGAACCAGAACAGGAAGCGACAGGAAACGAGAUACGGUGAGGCGCCCUCAGGUAAAUCCAUCCGCUAUAUGCGACAGUUCCACUCCCACCACAACCUGCUCAGCCUGGCCCAGCCCUCUUCGUCUUCCACAUCCAGACUCCACGGUCAGGACCCUGACACACAGGACCGCAGGGGCCCGCUGGGCUCGGCGCUGAGCUUCAACCUGAGCAGCGGCAGCGGCAGCUGCUCCACUCUGAGCGGGUCGACAGAGAGCAGCAUCUGGGUGAGACAGACUCCGCAGGAGGAGAGCAAACCAUCACCAGUUGCUAAUUUCUGGGACUUCUUCACUGGGAAAGCGUCGAGCUCGGAGACGAUGGUAUGAUGAAGGGCGAGAAGAAGAGGAACAUGGAGGGAAAAGAGUGUGUGUGGUUUUGUGUGUGUUUGCUGUCAGAGGUCAGAAAUCCCCAGAAAACUGGUAAAGAACAUGUUACAUUUAAAAGACAACUGUUGAUUUAAACCAGCAUUGUGGAAGAUUUGCCGUGAAUUGGGAUUUGACGCCCCCAACAUUUCAAAGUUCCACGCUGUGGUAAAUGAGGACAGCUGUACAUGUGCAUAUGUUAUGAUUACAUCACUUACAACUUUGCCAACACAGCCAAACAUCAAGCGAGUUUGACAACACAAGACAGACUUGCUACUCCAACAGAAAGAAGGCCAGCUCGGAGUUUCCUCCUUUCAGCUCUGUUAUCUCCGGCCAACAAGUAUAAACCAGUCUGAUGUUUACUCUUGUCUACGCUUUUGCUCGUUGACGCUCUCACUUCCUCUUCCUCUGACAACAUCUUCUUCGGUCUCUUUGCAGCCUCUGCCAUAAUAUCCAUCCUGAGAAUACCGAGUUAGCUUCUUCUACAGAGCUCACAUUGUAUUAUAUAGCCUAUAUAUACUCUUUGCUGCUUCUUAUAGUUUGCUUGCCGAAGAGUCAUGUUGAUGCAAUAAACCAUUAUGCCAUUGUCGCAAAAGGUUUCCCGCUACAUAGUGCAAUACCAGGUGCUCCGGGUUAGGGGACAAAGACGCCAUUUUCCCUAUUACAAGUCGGUGUACCAUCAAAAUUAUUUUGAAGCUGUUUUAAAAGGGAUGUUAAGAUCCAAUUUCUAGGAUUAUAAACAUGGAAUCCUAAAUUUCUGACUGUUGCAGAUUUUCUCACUUGGAAGUUCCCACUUUUCUGGCACCCCUGUAACAGCAGCAUGUGAAUGAAUGAAUGUGUCAUUGGGAAACAGAAAGCAUGAGGAAAACAAACCAGCGAAUGGAGAAGGAAAUGUCAGAGAAAUACACAAAAACUCGACAUCAGUAAAUGAAGGAAGAGACUAAAUGAAUGUGUCUAUGAGAUUAUGUGGAAGUGGAUGCAGUAAUAUUUACAAUGUACAUAAUGUAUUCAUGAUUUUACACACACAACCUCCGUCUUUACUACCUAGAACUGCAUAACUAUGUAACUAUAGCUGCAUGGACUAACACUUUUUUUUUAAUCUAUACUGAUACCACACCAGACUCCUUUUGGUUUUUGUUGUUUUCUGUAACCAGCAUUCACCUGUAACUGUAAUCUACAAUUCAACGAUCAACUAUCCAAUGUUCAACUAGAAAGAUUGACACCUGAAGACAUCUUAGCAAUGCAAAGAUCAGAGCCAGAAAUUAAACUCAGUAAGUGCUGAUUUGGUGAUUUGCAGUUCAAAUGAUGUCAAGAAAUCUACUUUAAAUCUGGGCUAAAUGUGUUUUUUUCAUCUUUUAGUUUUUCUUUCUCCAUGUAGAUUUAAUUUAACUAUGGUCCUCAAGUCAGUUCUUUAUGCAGAUAAUGCUUAGUUUUCAUAGUGUGUCUUUGCCGUAUAACAACAAGAACAUCCUCAUUUUCAACGUGUAGUUUUAAUCACCAGUGGAUGGAAAAAUAUUUUACAGUACUGUAACAUUGUUGAAAGGAUUGUAGACGAGGCAAAACUUAAACUUACGCUCUGAUCACAUUUCAAUCUUUGAGUGACUUAGGAUAUAUUAAAGUUGACUCUCACUAUGACUUAAGAGAUCGCAAACAGAGCCUUGUCGGAAACUAGUUUUAUAGUUAUAUACAACUUGGAUGUCUAAAAAUAAAAAAUAUGGUUUGACAUAACGUCUAAAAAUAUUUAAAAAGCGAAGUUAGCCUUGUUUUAACCUAGAUGUCUUUUGACCUGCAAAUCACCAAAUGAAUGCUCACUGUGAAGUACAUGUGGUGUGAUUUUAGUAUUAACUCAUUUGCAUUUAUGGCACUUUAGUUAGCUGUGUUCGAGUUGAGAUGCUGGAUCCUCUGAAGGAGGUGGCCCAUGAAGGUUUUCUGUAGACUAUCGGAGGAUCAGGCUGGACCUGCUUCUCCUCCCCAGCAUUAGAUGAGACCACAAGUAACAGUGUGUUCACAACACUCCACGAUGCCUGAGCUCACAGUGCAAGAUGCACAGUUUAUUUUUCAUGAUGAACAAAGCACCAGGUUAAUGUAGUAAUAUAUUCGUAUCUGUUUUACCUUCUGAAGUGGUCAUGUGAUAUACCCAAACUUUACUCAUUGAACGCCACGUCCUGCAAAGAUUACAUCAGCCCUUUUUGAGUUUGGACAUGGCAGUUAUGACUGUAUCACUUCGAUACGCCUGGAAUAUGUAAUCAAUCACAUAAACACACAGAUGUUCGCCAGCUGCUGGAAUCAGCCCAGUUUUGUAUAUACAAAUUAUUUUGUAUAUAAAAAUUAGGCUAUUUUAACUAUAUUGUGGGAUGUAUAUGGGAUCAAGUAGCUGCUACAUGAUUGCAUAUACAUGCAGCAAUUGAAUUAAUCUAAAAGGCGGGCACGGUUUUCUAAUCUUGGUCCGAGGGGAGGCCCACAGUCUCACACUUUGAUAACCCCUGCUCUAUCACAUAGGAGUUCCUCUGGAUGUGAUUUUCAUAUCAAAAGAUUAAAACUGGGCCAAAGUUGGUUGACAAGUUUGUUUGUCAAAGGCCAGAGGUUUCCUUAAAAUGAAGCCAAAUGAGCAGUUUCACCAAAAAGGAAUAUUUUUUUUCCUUCUUACCACAGUUUUUUAAAAAGUAUUAUAAGAAGAAAAAGGAAGGAAAAAAUUUACUGGUAUUUUUCUGCAGCAGAAUUUGUUUAUUCUUUAAAGAAGAGAAGGGAGGACAUUUAAACUCCUACAAUUACUAAAAACCUUUAAAUUCCAUCUGCAUGUGUGAUGUGAUGAAUGGAAAGCUCCACAAUGGCUACUAAAUUGGACCUUUUGUCUACUGUAGGUCAAGUAUCAACUAUCAAUCUGUGUAUUUCCUAUCAAGUAAAUCAUCUUGCAGCCACUGGCCGAGGUUACAUAUAACUGUUGUUUCAAAAGCAUUAAAUGUCUAUUUUUAUGUGAAGCAGGACUUGCUGCUGAAGUGCUGUUGAAUCAAUGGCUGCAUUUCUUCUACUUCUCAACCAAAUUUCUCCUCCGAACGUCUCAGUGUCUUUUGACCUGAAGAAGAAAUGUGGUGGCAUUAAUGUCUGUUUUUAAAAGGUGUUACAGCAUGUGUUUCUUGUCAAAUUGCACGAGGCCAACUUCAGGGCCCAUAAGUAUGAAAAAUAAUAUUCCAGGACUGUCAUGUAUGAAAGUUACGUUUCUUUCACCACAGGAGGGCGACAUUCACCAUAUCAGCUCAACCUUUAACCUUCAAACUGUUUCCCCCACCAUCUAUAGCAUCAUAUAAUGAUAUUGAUAAAUGUAUUAGGUGACUAGAAACUGUACAGAUGUUUGUUUCUGGCCUCUUUGUAGUAGAAAACCAUGUUGUACAGAGAUUUUCCUACAUCACAACGAUGUAUUUCUUCACCACAAACACAGAGUCUGUCCUUAGCAGGUGCAUGUAACGUCUUCUCUUUUGGAUUCCUUGUAGAGAAAACCAGAUAUAUUCCGUCCUUUUGUCAGUGACAUGUUUUUUUUCUAUAAUGUAAAAUCCACUGAGGUGUGUUAAGACCUUAACCACAGAAUGUACCAUACCUGCAGAGAAUUAAAUAUCAAACUGCCUGUG